AUGAAAAUACAAAAGGAGGUGUUGAUUGGAGUUGUGUGCAGUGCGGUCAUGCUGACCAUGGGUAUCCUCAUCGGGCACUUUGGCAUCAAGGACGACAGCUCAACCCCAGACUGGGUGAGGGAUGUAGCGAGAGAUGUGGACGAGAGCCUUAUAGAAAAGUUUCUGUCUGAGGUGGACAACAUGCAGAUCCAGGAGAACCUCAGGGUGCUGACCAAAGUGCCUCACAUGGCCACCACGGCUGGAGACGAGGAGACGGUGCAGUACAUGCUGAAGAGGUGGCAGGAUGCAGAAACUGGACUGGAUCAGGCCUGGAGAGAGGAAUACCUCGUCUACCUCUCCUUCCCUGACCCCAAAAACCCCAACAAGGUCUCCGUGGUGAGCCCGUCCAACGCGGAGCUCUACACUGCCAGAGAGAAAGAGAAGCCUUACGGUCCAGAGCAACAGGACCCUGAAGUGGUUCAGCCGUACGCUGCGUACGCCCCCUCCGGACACCCACGGGGCAAACUGGUGUAUGCCAACCAGGGGAAACCAAGUGACUACCAGCUGCUAAACAAGACCCUGGACCUGAGAGGAACCAUCGCUAUCACCAGAUACGGCGGGGCAGGAAGAGCUGCUAAAGCCAUCAAUGCAGCACCCUAUGGCGUCAUCGGCGUGCUUGUCUACACAGACCCUUUGGACAUCAACGAUGGACUCAUGUCUGAUGAUAAUGAGACGUACCCUCACUCUUGGUACUUACCCCCCUCCGGCGUGGAGAGAGGCGCCUUUGCAACCAACUAUGGAGACAUGCUCACUCCUUACCUGGCUGCCAAAGAGGAAACCUACAGAAUCCCAGUCAAGAACAUUACAGGAAUCCCUCCUAUUCCAAUUCAGCCAAUUGGAUUUGAGGAUGCCUACGCAUUAAUCUGCGAGCUGGGCGGAGCAGCAGCUCCAGAUGCAUGGCGGGGAGGAUUCAACUGCAGCUACAACUUUGGGGGUCCAGGGUUCAGACCCACAUCUACCUUCAACAACAGUGAUGUGAAACUGGACAUCUACAACCGAGAAGAGAAGAGGAACUCCUCCAAUGUCAUGGGAAUCAUUCGAGGGAGCAUUGAGCCAGACAGAUAUGUGAUCUAUGGGAACCACAGGGACAGCUGGGUCCACGGUGCCAUUGACCCGAGCAGUGGGACGUCCGUCAUGCUGGAGGUGACCAGGGUGCUGGGCAGGAUGGUCAAGCAGGGCAGAUGGAGGCCUCGGAGGUCCAUUAUUUUUGGAAGCUGGGGAGCGGAGGAGUUUGGCCUCAUAGGGUCUGCAGAAUACACCGAGCAAUACUUCACCAAACUCAGCGAACGAACUGUUGCUUACAUUAAUGUGGACAUAGCCGUCUUUGCCAAUGCCACCCUCAGAGCUUCAGCAAUACCUUCAACACAGCAUGUCAUCUUUACAGCUGCUAAACAGGUCAAGGCACCCGGGCCGGACUCCAUAUCUGUGUAUGACAACUGGAUUAAAUUUGCCAACAGAACCAACACAGAUAAUGAGGUCAUUCCCAGAAUGGGAUUCCUGACAGGAGCAGGUAGCGAUUACGCUGCAUUUAUCCAUUACCUGGGGAUCACCUCAAUGGACAUUGCAUACACAUAUGACAGGACUAAAACAAAUGCCCGAAUUUACCCUGCAUACCACACGGCAUACGACACCUUUGAUUACUGCUCAAAGUUCAUCGAUCCUGGGUUCACCAGUCACCAAGCUGUUGCCAGGACAGCGGGGAAUGUCCUGAUACGAUUGGCAGACAGCCUAGUGUUGCCAUUAAACAGCAGCGACUACGCAGAGAGUCUGGAGAGUUACCUCGACAAAGCGCUGGAACUCUACCAAGAUCAACUCACAGCAAAGAAAAUCUCCAUGGAACCAUUAAAGCGAGCAGUGGCCAAGUUUCGCUCAGCAGCCACUGAUUUGGAGCAGCUGAUUAGAAAUUCAGACCUGAAAAAUGAAACACCUCUGAAGAUCCGAAGGAUCAAUGACCAGCUCAUGCUGCUGGACCGUGCUUUCUUAGACCCUCUGGCUUUCCCAGAUAAACAUGGAUUCAGGCAUGUCAUCUGGGCCUCCAGUGGCGCUGGGCAGCCUACCUUUCCAGGUUUGGCUGAUGCCUUUUUCACUGCCAUGUCAUCAGGACUGGCCAGCGACUGGGAGAAGGUGCACUACCACCUGUCGGUCCUGAGCCAGGCCAUCGAGGGUGCCGCCCACACGCUAGCUGAGGUUAUAUAGAGUUGGAGGAGGG